AUGUCGGGACACGAUGAGAAUUUUCACCGAGUAGAACAAUUUACCACGUCAAUAAAAGUAAAAGCACAGUUGUCUUAAGGCGUCCGAGAAUCUCCCAUUUUGAAAAGCGCCUUGGGCCACCCUCCUCUCUAAGGUUGGAAAAACAGAGGACCCAAGGUGACUCUCAGGAUCCAUUCCGGGAAGAUCUAAUCGUCGUUGCGACAUGAGGAAUUGGAAUAUUCUCCACAGAGAACACCUCAGCAGCGACUUGAUCGUCGCCGUCCGUCCAAAGAAGAUCAAGAUACCCUAAGCCCAGCAUUAUCGUCCUCUAGAAGGUCAGCGCCAUCUUCUCGAGAAAGGUCAGGAACGCAUGACGAAGAUGAAGCACCGCUCAUCUUCUCAAAAAGAAAAAAAAAGAAGAAGAAAAGUGCUCUGUCUUCGAACAUGGAGGCACCAGGUCGAAGCGUAGAGAGCACGUCGACAACCGCAGAAGGAGCUUCUUCUGAUCCAUCGGACAAGAGCUGCUACGGCGCAGGAGGAACUUUUCCUGCAGCACCUAAUAGGAGCCCUGCUGCGCCGAACGCCAAUUCAAUCCUUAAACUUAUGAAGAGUAUGCAGCACCUGUAUCAUGCCCGCAUACUUAGUUGCAUUUAUUCAGGAAUUCGAUUGUUGUUGUUCCUGAUCCUGACUCGAAUUUUCACGAAAUCAUAAUUGAAAUGUUGAUGAGAACUUCCUUGACGUGGUUGGCAAGAAAAUAAGAGUAGGACUAGGAGUGUCAAGGAUCAAUGGGUGUGCGGUUAUAUAUUAGCACUAAAAGCUCAACUGAUUGCAAUGGCGACGAGUUGUUCCACAAUGUCCACGACGCCAUAUUCAACGACCCAACCAAGGACAAGCAAACUUGUUAGGGCUACGAGUACAGUCGAAAGAACAACCGCUAUCUAUCGGGUUUUUUUAUCACUCAGAAAUGCGAUUUCUUCUACACAUGAAUAAAAAUGUUGAGGAAUGAGGAGAGGGAGCCUUCAGUCGAUAGCGAAAGUCUUCACCUGGUAACCAUGAAUGUCUUUCCCCCUAGUAUAACCAUGGAACGUCCUUCCCCCAUGACCAAGAGCAAAGGGAACCGAGCACCCACCUAUGCCUCCACUCGUUUAGUUGUCAGAGUGAGGCCGUAUUUUACUAUGUUUAUAUAACAGAGUAGUUUAUAGCACGCAUGGUGCAUGGAGUAGCAUGGAGUGCAUGGAGCGCAGAGCUUUAAGGGGCGCAAGAAGCUUCCCCCUUAGCUCCAUGCUACUCCAUGUGACCCAUGCACUCCAUGCCAUGCGAGCUGUGAAACCUUAUAAAUUGCUCUGAUAUACUUAAGUAGUUGUAGCACCACAUUGAUUUGAUGCUCUAAAACUUUUCUCGAGGACGAUUGGCGAUCGCGAUUCUGUUCACACUUGCGGCACUUCUGGGACUCCUGUGCUACGCCGAUGUUUAUGAAUGCAGCGUAUAGCCAUCGUCUUCGUCUUGAGUCUAUCACGCCAUUGAUUUUCUUUUUCCAUGAAAUUGAGUGAGAUCGAGCAGAGCAGUCGAUCUUAAGCAACUUCUGAAGGAGUACGGGUACGAGUAGUAGACGAAGGUGAAGAAACUUUAUCACUUUCUGCGUGGAACACUAGACGCUUCAGUCCGACAAACGUCAGCAAGGACUAGCACUGAUUAAGGCCUUUUUACGUCUCAACCAUCCUAAGCAAGGAGACUCUCACUUUUCUGUAUAUCAUCUACCUAGCAUUCGUAAUUAGGGCUCUACCACAAGAAGUUGCCCGAUGUCUACCACUAUCAUCGAUCUGUGGACGGGGAGAAGGGUCCGAUAGUCCAUCUAUCUUGAGGUGGAUACGCAACAUUCCGGAUGCAGGAGCACUGUUUUUCUGUCGACUAGUUCGGCUACCGGGUAGAACUCGUCAGGGAAAUCUUUGUCUUAGGCAAUCCGCCGAAUAGAUUCACCACGUCAUCAGUUCAACUACUUAACAUCCUUAAAGGAUCGGCCCUUAGGAGAAGCUUUGUCUCCACGACUUUGUGCCCUAGACUCCAAAAGACGCCGCACCAAAAGACGUCGUAGCAAGACACUCUUAACGUAAACAUUAUUUAUUGUACCUGUCGCAUGCAUCUUCGCAUAUGACCUACUCUCGACAACAUUGACUACUACUUAUACUCUGCUGACCUUAAGCAAUGGGCUAAAUGGGUACUACUAACUUGACACUGUGCCUCCUGUCGAGUCGCCAGCUCUUGACCGCUACCAAUACUCUAAAAAUAGAAGGAGCUGGAUUUCGUUUGGGAAGCUGAAAGACAGAGAAGGAGAGUGAACAUAUCUCGAUCGACCUCUUUUACUCAGCGCUUCGCAAAGGGUUAAGGGUCACGCUUUUACACGACAGUAGAAUCUUUAGAGAAGUUCUGGUUACUGAUCCUAUACAAUGCUGGUUACUCAUUCUAUACAGCAACUGUUUUAGUCUCAUCGGGGAUCCUUCUCUUCUACACUGUUUAGUUUCAUUCUUGGAGGUACACCAACUGUUUUGUUAGUUUUUAAACACGACUCUUCAUCUUCUAAUUUCGCGCAGAAGACUCGAGUGAACCGCCAACCUGUUGCGGACGUUAAGGCAUAUAUUGUGAUGUAUUAGGUGUCUACUUGUGGCUCGAAAAGUGUUUUUGUCCUAUCCAGCGGUUGUAUGCCAUAAUAUACAACAACGAACUCGCACUGCAAUUCUUGUAAGUAAUUACAAAGAAGAUUAAGAUUUUCUAGUUGUUUCGUCUUGUAGAUGACCAAGCACAGCCAUUUGGGACGCAGUGAUUUAGUGCUAAUGCAUGAAAAUAGAGGUAAAUUUAGGGAUUAGUUACAAAGCAGAAGUAGAGUGUACAUGUGCAAUCAAAUGAAAUAAUCAAAUUAAGUAGACAAGGCCGCUGACAGUUCAGGAACAUUGACGACGAUGCACUAUGAUGAUCAUAGACAGUUUAAUAUGCGUUCUUUUAUUCACGUGAGUGCUCGCCUCUUCGUAGGCGAGCCUACUCCUGUCCAAUGCUAUCCUAUUCUAUCCUAGCCUGCACUAUGAUGAUAGACAGCACCAUGUUACUAGAGACGCACUGAUCGUCAUUACUCUACCAGAUAGAUCUUUUGUUUUUAAGAUCCUAGUAUUCGUCCUUUAUUUCAAUCUCAUUUGAUUUUUACGGAUCAUAUUAGAAACUGAAUAAAGGACGCAAGAGCGUGAUCUUCUUUAAGGCAAAGACUGUGCUCAAGAUCAUGAACAGAGCAACGAACUGCUGGGAUAUUGCAACGACGAUGACAAUGGAUCCGCCGGCGUGGUGUCUAUCGGUACCUACGUAUAAUAAUUAUAGUAAAUUAAUUAACUGUCAAAGUAGUAUUAGAACUGUCGCAGUUUAGUUAUCUAGUUUAGUCUUAGCCCCCCUUUCCUUUCUCUCAGAACAAAGUAGAACACUGAAAGCCUAGCAAGCUAGACCCGCAGGGGAGUCAAGUAGGAAACAGCACCCCGCUCGCUAUGCCUGCGAAGGUUGGAGCAGGUCCAUGCAGUUGGCUGAUUCUCGUGCGGUUUCAAAGUAUGCCAGCCCAUUCCGAUGGCUACCGCGCUACUGCCACGCCAGGGGCCUCGGUGCUGAUCUCGGUCCCUGUGCCAUGCCACUCCCAUCUUGAUCUUCCUAGUGGUGACCUUAGUGGUGUGGGCUUUCUCAUUGGUGUGAUUCUGAUCCUGUGGCCCAUGUGGCUCUUGAUCCUUAUCGUGACCAAGUGGCUACGAUUCCAGUAAGCUCAUGGCUGAGAGCCGUGGGCAUCUUGAUGCUGAUCCGUUCGCUACCAUUCUGCCCGACACUUUCCAACCAUUGUAGGGCAUUAAUCUUUUAACGCCGCCCAUACAUAGGAAAGCAAUGAUAAAACAAAAACGGCGCCUCUUUGUAUAGUGAAAACUAUACUCGCACUUUUCUGCAGAAGCUACAUGCUCUGAGUUCUAGGCUCAGAAAGAUUUUGUUUGUAUGUUUGCGAAGAUAUCAAGUUUUUUGGUAUUCCUCGGUCCACCUCAUUAUAAUAAACUACUUAAAUUAAAAAUAGUAGAUUACUUUUACUUACAACUGUCGACUUGUUGUGUAUCCGCAGCCACCUGCGCUUUUUUCCCUUGGAAAGAAACCAAACUUCUAACAUGGACUGAGUGCUCGCGCUCCUCUUUGUGCCCUAGGUAGUUUGAUUGAUAAGUGAACAGGCCAACGCCUAAACCACUAAGCCAACUGCGCAGUUGGCUUGGUGGUUUAGGCGUUGGCCUGUUAACUUAUCCCUCUUGCUUCUAUUAUAGUAGAUUACAAGUACAACAUGCAACUGUCUACUUGUUGUAUAUCCGUGCAAGUAUAAAAAUUAUAGCACAAUUUAUAGAACGGACGUAGGGUGGGCUUGGAUGGAUCGGAUGGACGCCCCUAAAUCUUCGGGUCCUCCUUAAAAUGAUGAGCGGACCGGGGAAGUCCAUCCGAUCCAUCCCAUCCUGAAUCAGGCACCCCUAGAAAGUGUUCUACUAUAAUCAUAGCAGCUAGAUUAGAAGCGCCCCUCUUCUCUCUCUCAAGCCUUAGGCAUUCUGGGACCUAUCUCGCGCUCUACUGGCUAUGAUAGUGGAUUAGUCAGUGUCUACUUCUUGUUGAGGCUACUCUUCUGUGGGCGAUCUUGUCACGUUGAUUCGUCCUGCGUGUCUUCAAAGAUUAUACGCAAAAAAUAGUUAGAUGAAGAUUAAGUACAGCGGUGCAAUAUAAUAGAGUUCCCACAAAGUCUACACAGAACUAGUGUGCGGGAUUUACUGUAUUGCGCCGUUCUUAAGGCUUCUCCCAGUCCAUCUUCAGAGACGGCAUCCUAGGGGUCGAGAGGCUUUUCAAGGGAAGAAAGGUCUCAGGAAGAUCUUCAGGAUGGAUUCAAGUGAGCUCUACCUCUAGCGUUGAUGUACGUGAACUUGUUAAAUACUGCUGAGAAGAUCUAGUUCUAGCAGCAGUUGAGAUCAAAUACUCCCUAUCUACCCAGACAGUGGCUACAGCCUUAAUAUUAGGUCAAUUGAAGACGCCACCAUUGCCAGGCAAUCACACUAGACGUACUUAUAUAGAACCACUCAAAACUUAAACUACACGCUACUCCUCUCGUACUGGCCGGGAUGGAAGUAAAUACUUUUUAGUUAUGGCAGCCCCAUCACUAUAUAGAACACUCACUAACAUACUUACUCACUCACUCACUCACUCACUCACCUUCCCACCCACCCACCCGCCCACCCACUCAUCUCCCCACCCUCCCAUCCACCAAAUUCAGACUGCACCUCCCCCUGAACAAUGGGUUAAUUACUACUAAUAAACCCCUCACUUUCAGCCCAGCCCCAGACGGUAGGCAGACCGGUAGCGAUGAAAGGGAAGGCUGGUCUCAAGGCAAGACCCAAGCAAUUACCCCAGCCGAGAGCAGUACUGAAAGGAGCAGUAAAGGAUGCAGACGCAACGGGUGCAGCGAACAAAGUGAAUGUUAAGGCAAUUCUUGCGGAAUUGUUCCAUCCAGACAUUCAAAUGCGGCUCAGUAAUUAGAAGAUAACACGCCUCCGAAUUAAAAAUCAAAUGCAUAUUUGUCGAUCACACCUAACGGCUAGGUCUUCAAUUGCUUAGAAGCGCUGUAACUAAUACUUGUGGUAGAGCUCCUGCAAGAGUUGAAAGAAUCCUCGAGCUAGACUCAUACUUGUUGAUAGGUACUUAAUACUGGAGAUACAGCCUGAUAGAAGAGCAAAAGUCGGAAUCUUCCUAGAUGGGUCUAGUAUUUGUAUCUGAUUUGAUCUAAAGAGCAACAGCAAAAAGCCGCCAAGGCCGAGCUCGAGGCCAAGCUAAAGGAGAAAAAGGAGGAGCGGGUAUAUUCUCACUAGCUUCUUUCUUACCCUGCAAGUCUCACUAGCUUCCUUGAAAGCUUCAGAACUAGUUGCUGCCGUCGACGUGAUCUGGAACUUGGUUGUCAACGCGAUCUACAGAUCAGCAAGAGGUUCCUAUCGCAAAAAAAAGAGAUUAUAUUCGAAGUCUUGAAAUAACCGAGUUCGUGAAUGAGUUAAAAAAGUGCCUACGCUGCUUUUCUUUCGGUGUCUCUAUUCUGAUUCUAAGUUAGUAGUUACUUGGUUAUUCGAGUUUUUCGAAUGCAUACGUUGUUCAUGACAUUAUAUUUUUUCUGGCACAUCAGCUACAGCAUCAAGUUCUACAUGUACACACAGAAGACAACGUGAACAGCGUAUGAGAGUAGAGCAAGUCCGUGGUCUGCGCCGUGCGUGUAGAUUUAGCAAGAAAGGCAGCUGAUUCUUCCUAUCAUAUCCUAUCCUAUCCUGGUGCCAAAUCAAACACAUCACAAAUUGGAAAGAUCAAGCAAUCUACAUUCAACACAACUACAGGCGAAGAUGACAAGGAUGCUGAAGGACUUGUUACGGGUUUGCUUCUCAUCAUUUUCACUUCAACAUUUCGCAUUUUGUUUUCACUACCAUUCUACGAAGCCAGAACCUGUUAUCAUUAUCAUUCUCAUUUCUACUUAUAUUAAGAACGAACGUGACCAUACUGGUAACAGAUUUUCGCUUCAUGCAUUGGGGACUUGUUUUCCAGUAGGAAAGAGGUCAGCGAUCAUGUUUUAGGGAUGAAUGCAAGGCAUGUUGCAACCUCAUCUAAAAUUACAGAAGGAGAGGAGACACCGGGAGGCCAGGGCUGCGAAAGAGAACUCUCCGGAGAGAAUAGCAAAAAAAGUGAAAGUCGCCCAUCUUAAGAUUAUAGUUUUGAAAUACUUCUUGCCAGGCACAUCAGUCAAUCAGCCAGUCAGCCAACCAAUCAAAGACGAGCGAGGGCCCACGAGGUGCAGUUCUUUACAGCAAGGGUAGUCCUCGACGACAUGAUGGCGGGAUUAGUAAAGUAAGUGCUGAGGACAACUUGUGAUUUAUAGCACUACGUAGAGUAGAGCCCUUCUUGUUAAGAUAGAUGAUGGAUGUGUCAUGUAGAGGAAAGAAGACGUGACCAAGUCGCGUGACUUCUGGUUGUACAGCACAUGAAGAUGGUGACAACAAACAUCAACAAUCAACAUGUACAUGCCCCCCUCUAAUGUAGACGAAGCAAAAAAAGCAAGAAUGAAAGAAAAGAAUAAGGUGACCGAAAUAAAAAACAAAAUGAAACCGGUUGAAAAGGAAAACUAAGGGUACGCUUUUGGUGUUCCUGUUGCCGUUAAUUUUGCCGUUCUUUAGGGAGACAGGCAGAGGCAAAACGAACGAGGUAAGCUGACACCAAAGCCCAGCCUUUAAGAACGCGAAAGACUCACAAAGCAGAUAGAGAAGAUAAAAGAAGCACAACAUUAAGGCUUCGGAAUGGAUGACAUAUCAAAGGUUGCAGCUACUGUCAGCCUCAGUCAAUCAAAGAGUGGAUGUGUUUCCUCCAUUAACACACAAAGCAAAAUGUGGCCAUGCCAGGGACACACAGUGUCACAUCAUGACAUGAUGGACGAUAACACCUUGUUGCAACCAACAUAAUUACUCCCGCCUUACUCAACGUUCGUAAAGGUAUCUGACUAGACUCUCGAAGGAUGGAAAACUUACGUCGAAAUAUGGAGCAAAAAAAAAACCGCAAGCCUAAAAUCAAGGAUGCUUCAACCCUCGCUCCAUCAUAAAGCCAUCUGCUCUUUGUCAAAACUUUCGCAUCAUGAGUAUCAACAAGUACUAUCAACAAGUACCAUCAACAAGUACUAUCGACAAGUAGUACUAUCAACAAGUACUCUCAACAGGAGCGUCUGCAGGCCUUGGAUGGCCGUCUCGCCUUCUCCUGCAUCCCUCAAUGCCUCCUCUAAGAGCUGAAGAAUAGCAAGGAUCCGAGAGUACAAUUAUGACAGCUGUGGCUUCUAUACAGUUCCAAUUUUUAUCCACAAAGUUAGACUUUAAAUAAGCGUCCUAGGUAUACCUCAUUAGCAUUACUCAUCUCCCCGCUCAGCAUCUUGCCACCUUUUUCCCCUGUAUCAUUCCUACGAAUAAAUCCGACAAGGAUGCGUCUUAGGCCAGCAAAAUGCUUUUGCUUGCGGCCUGGAUUUUACUUUUAGUGAUCUAGACACACUGUCCAAUUCUGACGAAGACAAAAGCCAAAGGUCUUAACCUGGAUAGAAGGGCCACAUGGUUCAAAGUUUUUCGCCUGAUCCUCUGGCGCAGCGCGCUUGUUGGUCUUAUCUUUUAUCUGGCCAGGUCGGUUGUCGGGCGGCGUGGGCUGUCUAAGAAACGGUAGGAGACGACCACGCACGGGGUGCGUGGUUGGCCAUGCCUGGCCGCCUCCCGCGUCUCUGUUUGGCCGCCGUUUUUUCCGUCUUUGAUUUUGACUGAGUCCCACGCUCGUUCUUCACGCUCGUUCUUUCUGACUCCUUCCGCCCCUCUUGAUCUUCUGGCAGACAGUAGCUUGAUGCGGAUUGUGCAGAGAAAGACAGUUCUACCCCUAGUAUUUGAUUAGAGUAGUUGUGCGUGUGCGAUCUUUUGCCGUGUUCUCUUUGCUUCAAAGCUUAUUACUAGAAGGACUACCAGAAGGGCAGUCGAGAUGAGGGGGCCCGGAUUGAUUCUAGCACACUCUAACGCAAAAGGUGAAAGAGGAAGCAGCGCACCUCAGGUUACGGAUGCUCUCAUGGGAAAAUGCUACUUCUAGAUAAUUUAAAUCCCGGAGCGAUGGGACUCGUUUUGAUAUUCAAUAUUAUAUGUUUAUAUUAUUAAGUAAUUCUUCCUUCAUCUGGAAACACUAAGAAGAAAGGUGACGAGGAUGGAGAUUAUGCUUCUUAUCGAAUCUUCAAAACUGGUGGUAGAGCUAGAGGGCUAGAUGAGUUGUUUUGUUAUCCCCAAUCGUUCUGGCAUUUUUCUCACGCUCGAUACUAUUUAUUAUUACAUGCCCAGAAAGCGGGCCCAUCAAGGGCCCGCUGCGCUGGGCAUAGGUCGGCAGCAACUAGACAGAUAAGAGCACGGCGGCCGUGGCCAAGCUAGCCAGCAGGCUCGCGGGGCGCGGCAAAGUUAGAAGACUGGCGAGGGCGAGGCAGCUGCUGAGCUAGAUUUCGCCAAGCGGCUGGCAAGCUUGCUAUGGGCAAGGAGCUAGCUUGCCUAGCCAGCCAGCUAGAUAAGGGCGAGCGGCUAGCGGGGUGGUGAGCUCGAUAGCAACGGCGCAGCAGCUAACAGGCUAGGCAUGCCUAAAGAGCAGCCAGCAAGCUAGCUAUGUCUGCUGAGCAGCUAGCAGGCUACGCGUGCCGGCUGAGCAGCUAGCGCGCUAGCUAUGCUAUGGCCAAUCCGCUACCUAACUAUGGACGCAAGCAGCUAGCGGGCUCGCUUUGUAUGGCGAAGCUUCUCGCAGGCUAGCUACGGGCAAGAGAUAAGCCUGCUACCUAGCAGGCUAGCUAGCUAUAGCCAAGCAGCUAGCGGGCUUGCUUUGGCCGCUCAUUUCUUAGCAGGCGAGGCUAGCUCUGGCUAAGCACUUAGCAGGCUAGCUCUGGCUAAGAACUUAGCAGGCUAGCCAUGGCUAAGCACCUAGCAGGCUAGCUACGGCGAGGCUAGGCAGCUAGCUACGUAUGUGCAAGCGGUAAGCCAGCAAGUUAGCUAGGGCGCGGGGCCCUUAAGGGAGGGAAGGGCCCCUAACGGAGGGCCCUUAAGGGAGAGCCUUUAAGGAAGGCCAUGCCAAUAUUCGCCCAAGUUUGUAACAGAGCCGCCUUAGGGGAGCUCUCUAAGAGUUUUUUUUGUCCUUUAAAGAAAAGCUAUUAUAACUGUGCAUGAUAGAGAAUCCUUAAAGAUUUUCGUUUCUUUAAGGAAGCCUCCAUAAGGUAGGAGGCCCCUUAAGGGACGCCCUUAGCCUUAAGAAAUUCACACUAAUUGGUAGGCCUAUAUGUUGUACUAAUAUCAGUUGUUAUCUUUUUCCAGGCAGAUAACAGGUGGACCAGCACUCUCUCAGCGAGCCAAAAAAAUCAUUCACACAUGAAGACAACAUCACAGGAAUAAUUUUUUCCUACACCUCUUCUAGUUCAAUCAUCACCCUCGAUCAUCGUCAUCAUGUACUCUGAUAUACUGCUGGAGUGGGUGCAUUCAUUCCUUCACUCAUUCAGCAAUAUACCUACACACUGGUGGCGUCGGCCGUUCUAAUGUGUAUGAAUGAAAUCGCGAAGACAGCUGAAGAGAUCGAAGACCGCUUCAAGCAGCUAAAGCGCGCGGUCGAAGCGACCCAAGCAGAGCUUGACUUAAGGGCUACCACAGACAUUUAAAGAACUAGAGAGUUAGCAGUUUUCUUUCAUUGAGUUGUAUUGUAUCUUCACUAACAUCGUUCCCCGUGCAGAUUGUCUACUACCCCCUACUUAAAGAAAAAUGGAUUAACUUGGUUGAUUCAGCGACUUUUCUCUAACUCAUUCGAAAAAGGAGAGACUGCAAGAGCUAAGAUGUAUGGCCGUCAUCUUCAUCGUCGUGGUACCAGUGCCAUCGUCUACUACCAUGUUAAGUAAGUAAGGAAGUAAGUAAGUGGUCAAGAAAGUGUAAGUAGCGAUCGAGAAAGAGGGAGGAGGGCCAAUUCUAACGUAGGCAGAAAGUGAUCGAGAAAGACGGAGGAGGGCCAAUUCUAAUGUAGGCACAAAGUCAUUGAGAAACAAGACGGAUGGGGCCAAUCAUGCUAAUGUAGGAACAAUUCUAGAAGUAUAAACUUCAUCUUCGAGAAGAUGAUUAAUAAUGAUGCGCGUCAAUUCAUUCAUUUUUACUCAGAUGAAGAUGUUUUUACAACCGGAGGACUUUGAUGUGGGUCGUCGUGAAAGAGGGUUCUCAUUUUCCUUUUGUUCGUGAAAGAGUUCGGGUCAUACUUCUUAAACUUCCUUGUUCGGUUCAUACUUCUUGUUCGGGUCAUACUUCUUAAACUAAUACUCUGAUUCGCUUCUUGAGAGUAGUAUUCUAAGUGUCCAGCAGCGAACUCGUAUAAACAAGAACUAGGAUGCAUCGCUGCGAAGUAUGAAUCGACCUGAACAUGCAUCAAUAGUAUCGGACGAGUUGGUCCUCGUCCUCAAUAUUUACAUGUAUUCCCCUGGGUUGCAGGCUCCCUCUCUUAAUCACUAGCACCACACCCUUUCAUAAGUGCCAAAGUGAAAGCGGCAAGGGGUCAGUAGAAUACUGGCACCGCGGACGAUUAGCGCCGUAAAGUUGUGCAUUCCAAGGUGUUGUAUGUCGUGCUGUACCUCCUCGGACGGCGCUCUCGCUCUGCCUCCUUACGAUGACAACUGCACCUAAUAUUUUUCGACUGUACCCCUAGAUUGAGUUUACCACUACUACUAACUAGAGACCAUAGCAUGUAUUGGAACUGCCUUACGAAGUUUUUUCACGACCUCUUUCAUGAGGAGCACCGAAUUAAGUUUUUCGUUUCUUGCAUCAAGCCACUGCGGUCUCGGCCGCACCCGCACGGGGAUUCAUCAAGUAGCACUUCUAGCACUAGAACAAGUAGAAUGUUAAGCUCGAUUGCUUCAACGUCUCCACACCGUUCCUCGUGGUUGUUGGUAGCUACCUGUCCAGUCUUCGCUACCUAUCCGUCGCUAUUUUGACACUAUUAUUCAAUAUAUUGAGGCUUGAAGAAAUCCAUCUUCCCAAUCAUCUUUGGCCCUUUUCUAAAGGGAAACGGGUACGGAGAUGCUCUCCAGGAUGGAUUUGCGCAAGUUGUAACAUUUUUUAUCUCGUGCCUGCGGUUUUGGUUUUCGGUACGGGGACAGCAGCCUGCUCAUCUUCUACGACGACAAUCUAUCAAGUUUCUAGCGAAGUAAUAUUUAUAGGAGAUCCUUGUAUAAUUCUUCGCUUCUUUAACAAGUCUUCACAGUCAUUCGCCACUACAACUUCGUCUUUUUUCGCCUUGAAAAUUCAUCGAGGAGGACCUUUUGAUCAUGUCCACCAAGAAAAACACUGUGAUGAUCGUCCAUGCUCCGUAAAUAACGUCACAGUGCGUGAUGCCUUUCAGCUCAUUCUUAUACUACUCACGAAGAACUUCUCGUGCAUAAAUCUAGAAGUACUGAAGAAGAAAAUGAGCGAGAAGAAGAAUAUGAUUCUUGCGCUCCGUAGUUUUCCAUUGACGGACGAGGCGAAGACUAGACGGAGAUGGAAAAUGUAUGUGUAACCUUGUCCGCCCAUCAACAGGAGGUGGGGUCUUUUCCUCCUUGUCCUCGUGAUCUAUCCGUCAGAGCAGGACUCUAUAUUUCCUUGCGUUGAAGCAC